AUGAAAUUCGGUUUGCAAAGUUUGCGGCAGUUUUGUAAGACUGCGGCGGAAGCAGGUACGGCGGUCGUGUUGAAUGGCGCGAAGACGGACGUGAAGGGCGUAUACUUCCAUGCGUCGUUUUCAGAUGUGGCAAUGAAGACGGCUGUGUUGCAGUCCAUGACUGUGCACGCGGACUUCCUGACGACUGCUGAAGAGGCGGCACUGGUGGAGGAGGUUUCGCCGCGGCUGAAGCGGAUGGUGUACGAGACGGAGCACUGGGACGCCGUUAUCCAUGCGUUCAAAGAAACCGAGUGGCCCGAAUGGAGAAACAAAGCAAAUCUCGCUGUGAUUGACAAGGUGCGAAAGACGGCGUUCUUAGGGAGCAAGAGCCGAGUGGUGAACUCCGUGCACGUGCUCGAGUUGCGUCGUGACGGCUUCAUACAGCCGCACGUGGACAGCGUGCGGUUCUGCGGCGAGACCGUCGCCGGACUCUGCUGUUUAUCCGCGUCCGUCAUGCGCUUCCGCCACGAGCUGCGUCCCGAACUCGUCGUCGACUUCCUGUUGCCCCAGCGCAGCCUGUACGUCAUGCAGGGCGUUUCGCGCUACGAAUUCACGCAUGAGAUUCUCAAAGAGACUGAGUCACGGCUCGGGGACGAGUACGUGCCGAGGGAUCGCAGGAUCGCCAUCAUCUGCCGCGAACCACCGCAGCCCGAAGCUGCAACCGAAUAA